UAUUGAUUUCUAAUGGUGUUCUCUAGGGGGUGGGGGUCUGACAAAUAUGACUGCCUGUGUGAUCUUUGGUUUAUAAACUGCUGAAUAACUCUACACUAUAGAUCAAUGCAUGACUGGCUCCUUGCUGCCAAGGAGGCAAGGAUUUCAAUGUCUAAAGAGCAGAAGAGAUUUUGACAGUGCGGAAAAGGAAGACAGUGUGUGUGUGUGUGUGUGCACUGGUCCCGGUAUAAUGCUGCAAGGUUUUAGGUUACAGUCUGAACCACUUCAGCUUUUUUAUCUUAUCUUACAAAGAGCCCAGAAAUAGAAAGGUUUUUUUUUCAGAGAGCUGGUACAGAGAAGACAGCCGGUUAUGAAUCUUGGCUGAGAAAUCUGUCUGUAAGCCAGUGAAGCCCAGAAGCUGCUUUAAGCUGUAUUCCAUUCUAUUUAUCCAUUAACAGUGGCGACAGAGAGGAAGCAAAACUCCUUAGUCUUGAUUUCUAAAGCUCAGUCCCAUUAAUUGAAUUUUAUGUUUGAUUAAAGUUAACAAUGUCGCACAAGAGGACAGAGGCAACAACUGCGUGCUUUGGGGUGGUGACGAAAAAAAUCCGGAAUAUUUUUAGGCACUUUCCAAAAUCUAAAUCAUGGUCUGAAGGUCUACAGCUUCUCCAAACUCCCAAACGGGCGCUGAUGAUGAGGAAAGAUUACACAUUCUCGCAUCUCUUGGAAUGUCAAAGCCUCAUCCAGUUGGAGCAAAGCGAUGGGACUGGAUCUAUAAAAGAGACUCCAUCUUGUGUGAAAACUAUAAAUCUUCACAAUCAGCAGGAGGUACCAAAGGAAGAAAGAAAACCCACUACUCAGGAACUGAAAAAGAAAAUAGAAUGUUUUAACAAGAAGGUCCAAAAUGGCAUGAUCAUGAAAAUGGCAGAUGACGGCACUUACACAGGAUUCGUUAAAGUGCACCUAAAACUCAGACGUCCAGUGACGGUGGUUGCUGGUUCACAGCCACUGUCAAUCUUUGACACGGUGAAGGAGAUGCCCCCUAGUACAUCAGUGAAUAAACAGACAUCUUUCUACCUGCCUGUGGAUGCAGUGAAGCAGUUACACAUCAGCAACUUAACAACAGCAAGUGAAGUCAUUAGGGGACUACUACAGAAAUUCCAGGUGUUGGAUGACCCACAGAAAUUUGCCCUAUACAAGCAAAUGCAGAGAGAUGGACAAGUUAUUUUUCAGAAACUUGCACUGGCAGAACAUCCCCUAUACUUACGCCUUUUGGCCGGACCAGAUACGGACCUCCUGAACUUUGUAAUGAAGGAGAAUGAAACAGGAGAUGUACAGUGGGAAGCCUUCACUGUUCCAGAGCUUCAGAAUUUCCUUCUAAUAUUGGAGAAAGAGGAGCGGGAUAAAGUAGAGCAGGUACAAAAAAAGUAUGCCACUUUCCGUCAGCAUCUGCAGCGAGUUCUGAUGGAGGCUACAAGGAAACCAGUAUAACGUUCAAAGAAAGCCUUUGGAAAGAAGAAGAGGAUACUAGGGUCUAUCUUGCACACUGGAAAAACGAGGAGGAGGCUGGGAUUAUACCUCUAAAGCAUCAUAUGAAGUAAUGCUGGGCUGAAAUCUCCCCUAGCUGCUUCUAGAAUUGGUGCCUUUUUUGUUUAAGAUGGAACCAGGAGUUAUUUGCACUUUUUUUGCCCCCAAGACACCUGAUUUUUGGAUCAUACAAUACUCUCAGGGACAGUAUUUAGAUGGUUCCCCAAAAUCAUUAAUUUUUCCCUGAGGUUCACCUUGGAAUGAGGUACUCAAGUUCUUACAGGUAACAAGUACAAAAAGCCAUAUGCAUCUGUGAAUUUGGUCCACCAAGGCUUUUAUACUUAGGUCAUCUUUUAUUUGGUCACGUUACUGUAUAUAUUGCACAGUGAGGGCCUGCUACUGAUACAGUGGUAGUUGGGCGUUUUCUCAACUUGAAUGGACCACCAAACUUGGUACCAUCUACAUUACUGCAGUUUAUGGACUACAUUA